CAGCAGCCUCCCUUCCAGCACCAGCAGCCUCCCUUCCAGCACCAGCAGCCUCCCUUCCAGCACCAGCAGCCCUCCUUCUAGCACCAGUAGUCUCUCCUCAAACACUCGGAGCCCUUUCUGCUAUCCCCGCUAUAUUCCCUGGACCGGCCCCUGCAGUUCCAGAUCCACCUGUUCAGGGCGUCAUGAAGCCUUCUCCAAGCGAAGCCGCAGUGCCAACUGAGCGCUUGUCAGGACCCAUGAUAGGCACACCGAGAUGCUGGGAGUCCCCUCCGCGACAGGCCGCUGCGUCAAUGCCUCGUGCAGAUUCCGCAGAUUUAUGCAGAGAACCCGAAAGAGAGGUUAAGCCGUAUUAUGUGAUGGAUCGUCCGCCUCAAGCAAAUCAAGGACGGGCUCAAGGCCAUCGUUCUACCAUGACACCAGAGCCCAGAAGACCUCCAGCGAGAAGCUCCAUGGAUCAAGGACCAUCUCAAGAGGCGCAACAUAUGCUCCUCCAGCUGGGGUUUCGUGUGCAUCCCAUGCCCCCGCCACCGCAGUUCCACUACUACUAUCCCGGUCACCUGACAGCGUUCGGCGGAAUGGUCUUCCCGAGCGAGUGCACGCUUCCUCCAGUCCGGGAGCAUGACGAGCACAGCGAAUACAGUCCAUUUGCCUCCGCACCAAGAGGAUCUGGAGGUCCGAGAGAACGAGGCAAGCCCAAGCGAGGCUGAGUUGAAUAUGCAAUGGCGUAAACUGGAGCGGGUAGCUCAAACAUGCAUGGACACUAUUGAAGGAAAGAGAGGUUUCCACAGCCCUAUUUGGUAGCGAGCAGGGCAUGCGCCUAUUGAAAAAAGCACAAGAUAGGAAUGAAGUGCUCUCACAAAUUGAAAUUAGUCCGUUUCGUUUUUCCAGCAUCCAAAGAUGAUCGUUGGCGGGGUUGGCAGGAAGAACUUUACCGGGAAACUACUGGCGCCCAGAGGGGGGGAGGCCAAAAAAAAAAA